AUGUCCUGGAAAAAGCUCAAGUUGUUGGGCAGAGGUUCUUACGGUACGGUAUCUCUUGCCACGCCGUUAACCGAUUACUAUACAUUGUUUGCUGCAGUCAAAUCCGCCCAAGAUGAUCGUUCGUCUUCACUCCGAGCGGAAGCACAAAUAUUGCAUGCCCUCAGAGGGUCGGAGUACGUAAUUAAGUGCUUUGGAGAAGAUGUAAGCAUCGAAAACGGUAAAAAAACUUAUAACCUCUUCCUCGAGUAUGCUGCUGCUGGAACUUUGAAUGACUUAAUUCAUAAGUCGAAUACGGUGCUCGGAGAAGCAGAGGCUGCGUACUAUGCUUUUCAAAUCUUAGUUGGGAUUUGUCAUGUUCAUCGUAAAGGAUUCAUCCAUUGCGAUCUAAAACCAGCUAAUAUACUUGUCUUUCCUGGCGGACAACACCGCCUUGCAAGUGUGAAAUUGGCUGAUUUUGGGGUAUCGUUGAGAUCUGAAACAAAAAGUUGUUGGGACACAUCAGUGAAGAAGCGGAGUCGCUGCAGAGGGACUCUACUUUACGCACCACCUGAAUCUGUAGUGUGUGGGAUUCAGGAUAAAGGUGUCGAUAUUUGGGCAUUUGGAUGCAUACUUGUAGAGAUGCUCACGGGAAAGCGGGUAUGGUCAGAAUGUAAAAAUAAGAAAGAAUUAAAAUUGAAGAUUGAACACGAAAAACCAGAGAUACCAAAUAAUAUAUCUAAUGAUGCGAAGCAUUUUCUGAGUAAGUGUUUGGACAGAGAUCAUAAUUGGAGAUGGAAUGCGGAGAUGCUACUUCAUCAUCCAUUCAUCACCAACUAUCUUAAUAAGAAGAUAAUUCGUGAGUUGAUCGAGCGGCCUUUUGGUAAUACUGCACGACUCAGACCAUUUGUUUCUAUGGAGAACUUAUUCACAACACCUAGUUUCUAUUAUCAUCAUCAUAACUCCUCCUCCGACUUGAGAGGAUCAAGCAGUAUUAUUACAAGACCCCCCGAGACUAAUAAUGAUAACGCAAGAGGUACAACAAUAGACGAGAUGAAUUUCAGAAACUUACAUAUAUAA